UCCACCAAUUAUGUGUCUUAUCCUAUGUGUUACUGUUACUCAUACAUACGUAUACUCUUUCUCUCUCUCCAGUCCCCACCCCUGUGAGCAUGGUCCUGCACCGGCACACACACCCUGAUAAAUAAAUAUAUAUAGAGCUGUAUUCCCAGUCUAAUGGAAACUGUGCAAAGCAAACCAAAGUUCCAUCAUUGGCCUAAACCCAUCAUCACUUCCUCAAACCCUUUUCUUUUCCCUCCUCGUAUGUGUUCUAGUAUAUGUUAAAUUUAGAAAAAUAGUUAAUUUCCCUUGCAAAGAAAUUUUUUUUAUAUAUAUAUAUAUAAAAGUGUAUUCCUAGAGCUAAGGAAGCAAACUAGGAAGAUAGAUAAGAUACCCUCUUCCUGCGUUUGGUGUGGUCCUCAUUAUUCCACAGAACCUGUCUAGGGUUUCUGUCCAUUGGAAAUUGCAAAAUCUGCAUAUGUAAACAUGUUCCCUUCCACUAAUUACACCUCCUCAGGCUCUUACCCUCGUUUCCCUUCAUCUUCUUCUUCCACUUCACCCUAUCCUUCUUUUACUCUCCUUCAUCCUGAAAAUUCUUCUUCCAGCAACAACACCUUUCUUCAUGAUCCACUUGCUCUUACCUACAUACCCUCUCAUUACCAUGCUCCAAUCCCAGAAACACUAGCCAAUUGGGCAGUUGCAGAUUGUGCAAUACUGAAUCAGGAUCUAGGUGGUGCCCUUUAUGGCAUCACCAAGAAACCAAUGAAGAAAGCAACUAAGAAAGACAGGCACAGCAAGAUUCAUACUUCUCAGGGUUUGAGGGACAGAAGGGUUAGGCUUUCCAUUGAGAUCGCACGCAAGUUCUUUGAUCUUCAAGAUAUGUUAGGGUUUGACAAAGCCAGCAACACCCUUGACUGGCUCUUCACAAAGUCCAAGAAGGCAAUUAAGGAGCUUACUCGAAGCAAGCACAGUGUUGAAAGCUUCGAGUUCUCCUCAUCUUCUGAGGGUGAAGUAGUUUCUACUAUCCAGCAACAAGACCUACAACAACAACAUGGGAUAAAUUUGGAAAAUGGGAAGUUGAAAGAACCUGCAGCUUAUUGUGUUAAAGCAAAGAUGAAGGAAUCAAGGGAAAAAGCAAGGGCAAGAGCAAGGGAAAAGACUAGUAGCAAGGUAUUGUGCAACACAAGUGGCGAAGGGAAGGUGCAAGAGUUGAAGAAAAAGUGCCCUGCAACUGAAAACCCUCAAAUCCUGAACCAGUUAAGGUCAACCCUUCAACCUCCUCAUCCUCAAAAUGUGGGUGGAGAAGUGCCAAGAGAUGAUGACUUCAACGUUAUUGAGGAAUCCAUUGUCAUCAGAAGAAAGUUGAAACACACUUUGAUGUCUUCCAAUAUUCAUCAUCAAAACGCUGUGAUCCCUAAGGAAGCAAGUGUAAACAACAGUGACUACCACUCCUUCCCCAAUUUGUCUCCAAAUUGGGAAGCUAAUAAUGGUGCCAAUGGACGCUCCACCUUUUGUGCAAUAGCCAGCAUGAAUCUGUCUACAGGGCUUCAAAUUUUUGGAAAAUCUUGGGAGGAGUGCACCAAUCCUCAUCCAAGCUAAUAUGUUAGCUUUCAGUAUUAUCCGAUGAUUGUCUCUAGUGUUUUGCUAAGAAACAUCAUGGUCAUGGAGGCAUCUUUCUGUGUUUUUCUACCUGUAACUUUUUCUGUCCUAUAUUUCCUUUCUACAAUGUACUGAUUUUUUGUUGUUGCUCUAUAUCAGCCAAGAAGGGCAUGUGACAGUUGGCAAAAAAGGAUGCUUCGUGUAUAAUUUCUGACCAAUAUUUUAAGUGUGGCUGAUAUUAUAAGGGUCAAAUAUAUUUAUCAGGAACCGUCCUUUCUUUUGCUA